AUGGCUGCCGCUCUGAACAAGGGCUUAAUAACUCUGGGGAAAGGUUCCCCUGGCAACGAGCCUCCGGCCUUCGUCCUCCCUCCUCGCAACGCCCGGGUCGCCCUCGGGGGAGACGCCCGACUGGAGGGCAAGGUGCGUGGUCAUCCUGAGCCUCAGGUCACAUGGUACAGAGAGGGCAAGCCUGUGAUUGGUGGAGAGCGCUGCGUUGCGGAGCAAGGUGGGCGGGGCACAUUCAGUCUGGUGGUGGGCGGAGUCACAGAGGACGACCUGGGGCGUUACACCUGCCAGGCCACCAAUCAGGCAGGUAGCCGGCAGGUUACCGUGGAGAUCCUUCUGCAAGAGAAUUCUGGGAAGAAAUACGUCCUCCCGUCCUCCAUGAAGACAGGGUGUCGCUCAGCGGUCCCAGCGGUGGAGAACAGGCCCAGUAUUUGGGGCGAGAGUCCACCGAAGUUCAUCACCAAACCGAGCCGAGUGUUCAUCAAGCUGGGACAGAGUGGGAAGUUCUCUGCCAAGACAACAGGACGUCCCCAGCCCCGGGUCACAUGGUACAAGGGGGAGGUGGAGCUUCAGUCUAGUGGGCGGGUCAGUAUGUACAAGCGCUCUGGCCUCCACUUCCUGGAGAUAAAGGAAGUCCAUGUGGACGACGCAGGAAGUUACACGUGUUCGAUCGGCAACAGCACCGGAACAGCAACCGCCACCGCCGAGCUCCACGUCCAAGAUGUUCCUGAGGACUCCUCCAGGACUGUCCACCCAGCUGAGACCACACACACCAGGACAGAGGACAGAGCUGCUCCCAGUGCUCCCAACUCCCAGGCAGAGCAGCCCAGACUCAGGGAGAAGCAGCAGAGCCCCCUCACUCAGGCUGGACAGACUCAGAGAACUACAGUUGCUCCAGUCACAGUCCAGUCAAUCCUCAGACCUGGUCAGACCGGUUCAGUCCAGUGGCCAGCAGCUGUUUCAGGCAGCAACAGGGCUGUGAGGAGGUCGGUGUCGGGGUGCAACCUGCGGUUCGAGGCCAUUCCUCUGGACCAGGAGGCCACAGAGGGAGGACAGGUGGCGUUCACCUGCCAAGUUUCAUCUGUUGCCGUUGCCAUGGUGAGCUGGCUGAAGGACGGGAGGCCGGUGAGGACGGGACCAGGUUUGCAGCAGAGACAGGACGGGACUCGUCUCACCCUCACCAUGGAGAGGGUGAGACAGGUGGACCAGGGAACCUACAGGUGUGUGUCUCAUCCUCCAGUCUUCCUCAGUGAGCUGCAGGACUGCUCUGUCUCAGAGGGUCAGGUCUUCAGCCUGCAGGCCUCUGUGGAGGGAAAACCUGCUCCAUCAGUCUGCUGGCUGCUCAAUGGCCGACUGCAAGGUCGUAGGUCAGAGGUCACAGAGGUCAGAGGAGCAUUUGAGGCUCCGCACUUCAUCAGCCGCCUGACUGACCUGAAGGUGAUGGACGGCAGCAGAGUCACCAUGACGGUGGAGCUGACGGGUCACCCCCCUCCAGAGGUGGUGUGGCUCCAUGAUGGGCAGGAGGUGACGGAGUCAGAGGACUUCCACCUCCUCAGGGAGGAGAACCGCUGCACUCUGCUGAUCCAGGAGGUUUUCCCCGAGGACACGGGGACCUACAGCGUCGUAGCCUGGAACCAGCACGGCCGGGACCAGACCCAGGCCCGGCUCACUGUGGAGGAGCCUCAGGACGGCGUCCAGCCGUGGUUCAUCACCAAACCCAAACCGGUGAGCGGCAUUGUGGGUCAACAUGUCCUCCUGUCCUGUGCCAUCGCUGGAGACCCCUUCCCCCAGUACACCUGGACCAGAGCAGACCUGAGCCGACCUCUGACCUCCGGAGGAGACUAUGAGCUGCUGCAGAAAGAGGACGUCAUCUCCCUGCUGAUCAGGAGACUGAAGAAGCAUCAUGCUGGAGACUACUUGAUCAGCCUGAGGAACUCUGUAGGGGAGUGUGUCGCUGCGGCCAGUCUGUCUGUGACUGAUGGAGAGACGGACAGGACGAGAGGACGAGGAGGACGAGCAGCAGAGGAGACCAGGACAGGAACAGAUCAGAUACUGGUCCUCUAUGAGCUGAACUACAGCUCUGACGCACCCAGACGGGGACUCUACACACCUGAAGCUCUCUGUAGCUUCUGGGACCAGGACCUCAGCAGCAGAACAUGUCACAGAUCCUGGAUCAGACUGAGAGCCCAGAAGUCACUGAGCCCUCAGGAUCCUCAGACCGUCCUGGACCAUGUCUGCGGUGCCAGAGGAGGAGGAGGCGUGGAGCAGAGAGGCAGCAGCAGCAGCUGUGGUGUCAGUCGGCAGUGGCAGGAGGCCAACAAGGAGCAGAAGGAGAACCAGCCUCUCCUGCACCUGCACCAGGAGGAGAAGAGGAAGAAGGAGGGCGACCAGGACUCAGCCGCCGCCACUACUGCUGCCGCCGCUCCCCGAGGCCUCCUCAAACACUGUGUAGAGACCAGGGAGCGUGGAGAAGAGGAGCUGCGACAGAGGGAGGCGCAGCAGCUGGACUUCCGCUCACUUCUGGGACGCCGAGCUUUUCACGCCAAAAACAACCAGGGAGAGGAGUCGAGGGAGGCCGGCCUUGCCACCGCAGAGAACCGCCACCAUCACCAGAUGGAUUUUAAGGCCAACCUCAAGGGUGUCAAACCCAAGUCAGAGGAGGAGCGCAAGGUGAACUCACCGCAGCAGGUGGACUUCCGUGCAGUGCUGGGGAAGAAGGGUGGUGUCGCUGGCAACAGCAACAAACCGGCUGAGACACCUGGAAAGAACGCUGCCGAUUUCCGCUCCGUCCUCGCCAACAAGAAGAAGCCGGAGACUCCCGAGAAGAACGGGGAGAGCGGGAAGAUGGCAGUGAAUAACUGUGUGGACGGAGGGAUUAAUGAGAAGAAGAGCGGAGGAGGAGGAGGAGGAGGGAAGGCACCAGAGUUCACGGAGAAGCUGAGCGAUGUUACAGUGCUGGACGGCCAGCGGCUCCGGCUGCAGUGCCGCCUCGCCGCCGCCACCUCUGGACCUGCAGACGUCACUGUCACCUGGACGCUGGACGGGAAGGUCAUCAAGCCGUCCAAGUUCAUCAUCCUCGCCAAUGAAGGCGGUCUGUGCUCUCUGACCAUAGACAAAGCUCUACCAGAGGAUGAAGGCCAGUAUAAAUGCAGAGCCGAGACCUCAGGAGGAAAAGUUGAAUGUUCCUGUAUGGUUCUAGUAGAUGACCCAACAGAAAACUCUCCGGCUGACAAGAAGUCCAAGAAGUCGACUCCGACCUCAGAGAGUGAAGCCAGGAUAAAGAAACCGACUCCCAAGACCCCCCCGAAACAAGCUCUGCCUCCUCAGAUCCUGCAGUUCCCAGAGGACAUGAAGAUCCUGGCUGGAGAGAAGGUGGAGAUCCUCUGCAAGUUCUCUGGAGCUCCACCCAUCAACUGCACCUGGCUGAAGUUCAGGAAACCAAUCCAGGAGGGCUCGGCUGACAUCUCCAUCCAGAGCAGUGACAGCAGCAGUAAACUGACCAUCUCCAGCGGUCAGCAGGAACACUGCGGCUGUUACACCAUUGAGCUGAGGAACAGCUACGGCCUCCGACAGGCCGCCCUCAACCUCACCAUCGUCGAUAAACCCGACCCCCCAGCAAAGGUCCCAGCAGCCUCAGAUAUCCGGCGGUCCAGUCUGACCCUGUCGUGGUACGGGCCGACCUAUGACGGGGGCAGCGCCGUCCAGUCCUACAACCUGGAGAUCUGGGACUCUGUGGAGCCGCAGUGGAAACACCUGGUGUCCUGCAACAGCACCUCCUACAACGUGCAGAACCUCCUCCCAGAGCGUCAGUAUAAGUUUCGAGUCAGGGCUCAGAACAUUUACGGGAUUGGAGAACCGAGCGCCGAGUCUGAACCCGUCACUGUGGGACUUGUGGACGACGAGAACCAGGACGAGGCUGAGGAGGAGGAUGACGACUCAGAGAAGGAGCCGGACUACAGAGACGUGACCAUCAGAACAGACGUGAAGGUGAAGGAGCUGUACGACGUGGAGGAGAGGCUGGGAACGGGAAAGUUCGGUCAGGUUUUUAAACUGGUGGAAAAAGCCACGAAGAAGGUUUGGGCGGGAAAGUUCAUCAAGGCGUACUCAGCGAAGGAGAAGGAGAAUGUGCGGCAGGAGAUCGGCAUCAUGAACAGCCUCCAUCACCCCAAACUGGUCCAGUGCAUCGACGCCUUCGAGGGCAAGUCCGACAUCGUCAUGGUCCUGGAGAUGAUCUCUGGCGGCGAGCUGUUUGAGCGGAUCAUCGAUGAGGACUUUGAGCUGACGGAGAGGGAGGUGAUCAAAUACAUGCUGCAGAUCAUCGAUGGCGUCAGCUUCAUCCACAAACAGGGCAUCGUCCACCUGGACCUCAAGCCUGAGAACAUCAUGUGUGUCAACAAGACUGGCAGCAAGAUCAAACUCAUCGACUUCGGCCUCGCCAGACGACUAGAAAACGCAGGAACUCUGAAGGUUUUGUUUGGGACGCCAGAGUUUGUGGCUCCAGAGGUGAUCAACUAUGAAGCCAUCAGUUACCCCACUGACAUGUGGAGUAUAGGAGUCAUCUGUUACAUACUGCUUAGCGGUCUGUCUCCCUUCAUGGGCGACAAUGACAACGAGACUUUGUCCAACGUCACCUCAGCAACCUGGGACUUUGAGGACGAGGCCUUUGACGAAAUCUCAGACAACGGCAAAGACUUUAUCACCAACCUGCUGAAGAAAGACAUGAAGACUCGGCUCACCUGUGCUCAGUGCUUUGAACACACCUGGCUGAAACAGGACACCAACACCAUGAAGGCCAAGAAGCUCUCCAAGGAGAGGAUGAAGAAGUACAUCCUGAGGAGGAAGUGGCAGAAAACAGGUCACGCUGUCAGAGCCAUUGGGAGACUGUCGUCCAUGGCCAUGAUGGCUGGAGUCAGCGCCAAGAAAGGAUCUCCCACUGAAGAGGAUAACCAGUUCCUGGAGUGCUUGGAGUACGAGCAGAAGACGGAGUGUAAGCCCAGCUUCAGCUCAGUCAUCAAAGAUGUGGAGGUGGUGGAGGGCAGCGCUGCUCGCUUCGACUGCAAGAUAGAAGGUUACCCCGACCCAGAGGUGGUGUGGUACAAAGAUGACCAGCCAAUCAAAGAGACCCGACACUUCCAGAUAGACUAUGAUGAAGACGGGAACUGCAGCCUGGUCAUCUCAGAGGUGUCAGGCGACGAUGACGCCAAGUACACGGUCAAGGCUGUCAACAGUCUGGGGGAGGCGACCUGCACCGCUGAGCUGCUGGUGGAGGUGAUGGCCGGAGAGGAGGAGGAGGAAGAGGAGGAGGAAGAGUAAAGAAGCCACCGCCUGGACUCCCGCAGGGAGGAGGAGGCAGCGUGGAAGUUGCUCGGGUCCAGACGAGUUCAUCACUCCUCACCUGAGCAGGAAGAACAGGAGGGUGGGGUUUACACACCUGGACAGGACUGCUCACAGGAAACAGGUUUUAAAGAGUAACUCCUCACCUGGCUGCAGGUGACUCCACACUACAAUGUGACAUCACUGCUGGGCGUGGCUUCAGGUGAGAGACUCUGCUGGUCGGCCAGGUGAUGAGUUACUCUUUGACCAUGAGCACCUGCAGCCUUGUAGUCAGUAUUCAUCACCACGGUCACAGACGUAGCUCCGCCCCCACAACGUUUUACUGUUCACGGAAAAAAAAGUCAGAUUACUUCCUGCUUUGUUUCACAGUCUCUCAUUUAGAGGAGCAGUUACUUUCUCACCUGCAACAUGCUUUGUGCUAAACUCCACCCACCCACCUGAAGCCCCACCCCUCUCACACCAGCCUCUUCAUGGAUUUCCUUUGACAGCGCCAUCUAUCGUGUAUGAACCCAGGUUAAUUUUUUUACACUGAUCCACAGAAAAAGAGAACAACCAACAUUUAUCCUCAAAAAUCCACGUUACAUGUUUGUGAUGAAGGAAAUUAUAUAACUAUAAACCAAGAGGAAGAAACACACAAAUGAAACCUGUUGAAUCAGUCCAAUUUUAACGAGUCAUAAAAACAAUAAAUUAGAUUCAGCCUCAGCUCCUUCAGCAUAGGCUCAUGGGAGCUGUAGUUGUUGUCAUGGUUGCGGGACUUUGUGUAUAACUAAACCAUGAAACAUGUACUGUAUGUCACCCAGACCUGGUUCCUGUGGGAGUCCAGGUGAGGAAGAGGAAGGUACGAUGGAUGCAGUGAAGAGGAAGAUGAUGAGCCGUAUAUUCACAGAGUUGAGUAACGAAACAAUAAAGUGAUCCACUUCAAGACAACAAGGCAAAAGACAUCCAGAAGACGCUAAUCGUGCUAGCAAGCUAACAGUGAUUUAAACAAAAUAGAUGAAAAUCACAUUUAUCACUUAAAAAUGAUCCAGAUGUUACCAAUAUUUACCACUGGGUGUUAAAUAUCACUAGAACUCAUAAACACAGAGCUAACUAAUGACAUUUUUCAGCUAAUGCUAACCUAACUAAUGCUAGCUAACAAACAUUAGCUCACAGGUAACUCAGGUUGCUAUGGAGAGUGAAAACAACAGUAAGAAUAUAACUUCUACACAUGAACUGACCUUGAUUGUUAAACUAAAUAAAUGAAUAAAUUAUACGUUAAUUAGUUAAUUGGAUGCAACCCCAAAGCUAACUUCAGGAAUAUCUGACAAUGCUUAGCUAAUGUUCAAGCUAAUAUAAAUUAGCUUACAUUAGCUGAAGUCAGGGCCGUGAGGAGUGUUAAAAUAAAAACCUUGAACCAUUUGAAGAAUAAAUAGAGAACUAACGUUGGUAAGUUAACGUCAUCCUGACUACUGUUAGCUCACCAGCUAAUGAACAUUAGCUAAUUAGGAGGAAAGAUUUGUGCUGUGAGGAGUGUAGCUAACAUCGUCACAAACAUCAGCUAUUGAGAGGAGGUAAUUAAAACUAGGGUUUCUGGGUAAUGAAGCCCUUACUUUAAACCAUUGACACUUACCACUAGAUGCUUUAAUGCUAAUGUGACGCAACUCUGUGGAUAUACAUGAGGCUCAGGAUGAACCAGAGUGACGACGGUGAUGAUGAUAAAUUAUAAUGUUAAUCUUGUUUUCAUUGUUGUUAUGGACCCCCCCCCCCCGAUGUCACUCAGCUUGUCUCCUCCCUCCUGUCCGAGCACUUUUCUCUGUCUUGUUUGUAUUUUUGAGUUUUAGUCCUGAAGCUUCUACAGUUAGCAUCACGUCUGCCUUACAACAUUAGCAUUAGCCUUUAAGCAACAUGGUGACGCUUUAAAUGACAGUUUUCUACCAGACAUCUGUCACAUUGUGGGAUAGUCAUUUUUCCUUUAGCUGCCUUAAAAAUAACAGUUUGUUUACAGUGCAAAACUCCCAGAAUGCACUGUUUAUGUUUACUUUUUCAAACAUCAGCAGUGACAUGGGAAGACGUGAAAACCAGGAAGUGUCUCUGAAACUCAUUUAGUUAGUUUAUGAAAAACACUGAAGACUCAACACUAUGACAUCACAUCCUGUAAUUAUGGAUUAUUUUUCUCAUAGUUACAAUAUAUCUUAUUUUAAAUUUGUAAGUUUGAGAUACUAAGUCACAAUUACAAGAUUUCUUAUUUACAAAAUCUAUCAUAAUUUAUAUCUUGUAAUUAUGACAUAAGGUCCUUUAAUUAUAAACUGGUAUUAUGGUGUAAUAACUUUUUAAUUAUUACCUUGAAAUUAGAUGGUAAAGAUAAAUGAAAAUAUCAAGUUCUUUGAAAAGAUUACAUCCACAAUGACAAAUGUUCUGUAUUUCAGAAUUAUGAGAUAAAUACAGAUCUUGAAAUUUUAAAUAUAAUUAUAAUACACUGAGUUAUAAUUACAGAUCUUAUCUCGUCUUCCAGCCACAUGUUAUAAUGGUGAGAUUAAUAUUAAAUACAUGAGAACUGAAUCUUGUAAUUAGUAUUUCAUAAAUACAAAAACAGAUUUUAUAAUUAUUAAAUCAUAAAGAUAUAGAUUUUGUAAAUAUAAGUUUCUAAGAAUUAGAUAUAACAUCCAACUCAAAUCUUAUUUGUUUUCAUUGCAAAUAAAAAUGAUUUCUGUGAUUUCUGGAACAAUUUAAUAAAUGGUUCUGUUUUCUUCCCUGAGCUUUCAACACCAGCAAAGUAAAAUUAAUUUUCAAAUGAUUUUCUUGAUUUUAUGAAAUUUGAGUUUAAGUAAAUUUGGAUCGAAGUGACAGAGAAACAUUGUCACUGUGUCGUUUAAUGAAAAAGAUUUUUUGUUAAUUAAUAACUGAAAUCUUUGAGGCAGCAGCUCCGUGUUCGGUAGAAAUCAGCCGUGAUUUAAACGUCUGACGUGCUGACAUGUCGUGUCCGCGCUGAUGUCAGAGUCGUUUCUUUGUCACAUUCCAGCUGUUUGUUUGUUUGUUUGUGCUUUGAUCCAUUUAUUUAAAGGCUGAUUCAGUUUUCAACCAGAAUCCAAAGACGCUUGUUUAAACCUCACAGGUGUGUGUUUGUGUGUGGGUGAUCAUCUGCUUCAACUUUACCUGUUUGUGUGUUUGAUGGUUGUUUGUGUUUAAGAAUGUUUUAUUUUUAAACUUAUUUAAUGCACAGAUUCAUAGUAAUAAUAUUAUCAUUUGAGCAUCCGUCUCCAUGGAGAUUCUCAUCAGCACUUAAUUUGUCACGGUUAUUACACCCCCCUCCAUUUUGUUCUUGUAUUAGAUGUAUGUAGAUUAUAUUUGUCUAAUUUUUAUAAAUAUCUAUCAGUUUGAUGAACAUGGACAUGUAAGAAAACGACUGUAGUUACUCACUGAUACCAAAUAAAUUUUUAUCACUAA